UGCCGUGAAUAAUGAUGAGGCUGUGAAAGACAACAUUUUGAAUCAAAUUACAAAUGCCUCUCAAAUGAUCAAGUUGGAAACAGAUCCACAUGCAGCGUUUGCACUAAUUAUUGAUGGAAAAACUUUGACCUAUGCUUUGGACGCUGAUAUGAAGCAUCUAUUCUUGGAAUUAGCUGUUGAUUGUGCAUCUGUCAUAUGCUGUCGUGUCUCCCCUAAGCAGAAGGCAUUGGUAACGAGGUUAGUAAGACAAGGAACUGGGAAGACUACAUUAGCAAUUGGUGAUGGUGCAAAUGAUGUUGGAAUGAUUCAAGAAGCUGAUAUUAGUUCUACAUAGUGAUCUGAGGUUUGGUGUGUCUAUUUGAAAGCAG